CUGAAUAGGCUAUAUUAAUUAACUGAAAAGCACUAUGUAGGAUAUGUCAAAUCUUGGGCUAGGCCUACAAUAUCUUAGUGUCUUAAGGAAUUUUCAUUUUAUUCACAGUAAGGCACUAAUAUUUCUUUGAUAAAAUGGGAGACGUCAGUGAGGAGACGCUAUUGAACUACAUUUAUUCUUUAGGUGGCAAAGUUAAAAAUGCAGAUAUUUCGAAAAAAUACAAACCCUUCAUAAACCAUAACGACUUACAACUCCGCGCCAAAUACAGGGAGGAGUUCAAAGCCAUCAUCGACCGAAUUGCAGUGGUGAAGUCAGAGAAUGGGGAGAAAUACCUGGUUUUGAAGAAGCGCUACCGACAGCAGUUGCAGGACAGAGAAAGAAGUGAUCAGAUGUCGCCUGCUUGCACAUCUGUCCCGUCUGAGGGAGCUGGGUCCCCAGCUAUUCUUCUCUCUCAGGAGGACCAGCCCAUGAGUCUGGGCACAGAUGUGGAGGGCAGCUGCUCAGAAUCCGAGGGGGAGAGGGAGAGGGAGAAAGGGCGAUCUAGACCAGUGGUCGGGGAAGGGCCGACUAUCACCAUCACAGAGGCUCUGAGUCGACUCGCUGAUCAGGAAGUGAAAGCAGAUGCUGAUGUGUUGAGUUUGAGGGAGGUGUCCACACUGAGCUCAGAGGACACCCCAGAGCCCACGGAUGGAGAAGAUGAGCUGGAGAAGGAGUCUAAGUCAGACCAUGAGUUGAACCAAGAGGAGGAAUGUGCUGGUAACUCUGUGGCGCUGGACCCUGUAGAAAAGGACUGGCUCUACACCGCUGCCUGUGCCCAGCUGCCCCACCUCACACAGCUGCUUGAGCAGGAGCCUGCGCUGGCAAAUAAAAAGGACUUCACCUCUUUUACAGCUCUGCAUUGGGCAGCUAAGCAUGGCAAGGAAGACAUGACCAGAGCUUUGGCUAAUGCUGGAGCUGACAUCAACACCAGAGCUGUGAGUGGAUACACGCCUCUUCACAUCGCAGCCCUGCAUGGCCAUCGACACAUCAUGGACUUGCUUGUAGGAACCUAUGGGGCAAAGGACAACCUGCGUGACUACAGUGGACAUUUUGCUUACUAUUACAUCAGCCCAAGAGACCCAACAGAGGAGGAUUCUGAGCUACAUGUCUCGGAGUAUCAUGCGGUCCAGGUGAGUGAGCGCAAGAACAGGAAGUUGGUGUCGUUGUUCCACUCGAAGAAGAAGUGGGGCUCAGCGGAAGAACUCGCCGCUAUUCCUGAAGAGAGGAGCAGCACACCCCAUCAGCUCAUGGUCCCGGCGUUCCGGCCCAGGAAGUUCUCCCGCUAACAAUGCAGCAUCAACUGCCCACAUUAAAACCCUAGAACACAGACUUAUUCUGACACAUCAACAGACAACAGUCGCCUCAUACGUUCACAGAGAAUGUUUCGUUUCGCGUUCACAACACUUUCAUUGUUUCUUUGCUAUAUGGUCUACUUAUUAUGUUUAGAUAUCUUAUAGUCUCACUCUCAAAUCAUUCCUGAUGCAGAAUAACGGACAUUAUUAGAUGUUCUAAAUCAUGAUGAAUGCACUUUUAAAGCAUUAUGAGUUUGUAUUAUAAGCCCUGCGCAACUGUUAUUAUGGAAGGUCACAAUGAGUCACAAAUAUCUUCUUCAAAAGCAUAUGAUAAAUGAACAACAUUUGAAAUGUCAUUUCUUUUAAUUUUUCAUUAUCUGGAGGUAAAAAAAGACUUCAUAAGGGCUUAUACCAUAACGUUUAUACAUUAUAAGCUUUAUACGUGCAGUCAUUGCUAUGUAUAAAUAUUUUUUUUAAAGAAGAUAUUCCCAUUGAGAUUUAAUUAUUAUUAUUCUUUUUUUUAAAGAAACCAGAGAAAAAAUAACAAUUAUAUUCUCUAAUAGAAAAAUAAAUAGAUUAAUCAAUUGUAAGAAUGUCAUAUAAAAUAAAUACAUACACAUAACACAAAGAAAUACAUCAUUAAUGAGGCAUCUAUAGCCUUUUAGUAAUGUGUUUACAAUGCUUUGCGGAUACUGGGUAAAGUGUCACUAAAGUGAAGUGUUUCUUAAGUCUACAGUAACAAGAGGAAACACUGAUAUAUCACUAUCAAGAGAAAUUAUUAUAAUUAUUUAUUAGGAUUAAUUUUGAUUACUGGGUGUUAAUGGGAUAAUCAGAGAUUUAUCUGAUUUUAUAACAGACUGAAUGAAAGGCAUACAGUAGGUUGAACUUUUUAUUAUUAUUAUUAUUAUUAUUAUUAUUAUUUGAAAGAAACCCACAAUUCAGACGAAUUCACAAAUAUUAAGGCAAGGUCAUGUUAGAUUCAGAAAACUUACAAAUAAUACCAUUAUUAUUACUAUAAUACCAUAACACAAAUGAUCAUAGUUAUGUUGCAAUAUUGACGUUAUGUUUUACUCUAUAUGAUACACAAUUCCUUAUGCACCAUUUAAUACAUAAUAAGGUACACAACUUCUCAUACAAUGGUUAUAAUUAUAGUAUUUAGCAGAUGCUUUUGUCCAAAGCAAUUUAAUAUGAUACACAACCUUAUGUGCAGGCUCUGGUUAUUCCUAACCAAGACUAUAAUUGCGAUCUUACUUAAAGCCUGCAUGUGUAGUGAGACUGUUGCAAAUGCCUCAGAAAGGGAUGAAGUGUUUGGCUUUGAUCAGCCUGUAACUCCUCUGGUAAUCAUCCCACACUGGCUAGCUGCUGGAAUUCAAUUUAAAUCUCACAUUCAACUAAAGAAGUUAAACAUAGUUUGUGUAUCAACAUUUGGAUUUGCUCCAAAAUAUAAUGAGGCCUGUAUAGCUUGUACACCCCUCCAAAAAUUAAGUGUAACUGUUAGUUUUUGUGUAAUCCUGUUGACAAACAAACAAGCAAGCUGACUCUAAAACAUAGCCUUCUUUAGUGGAGGUAAAUAAACAUACUGAAGUAAAACAGAGUGAAGAAACAUUAUCUAAAGUAAUUUUGACAAAAAAUAUUUCCAUUCAUUGCUACAUUUAUUUGUACCCAUACUGUCUUUUCUUUCCAGAUGUGUAGCAGCCAAUAACGUAGUAAUGGGCAAUAAUUGUGAUGUCUAAUAAUAAUAAUAAUAAUAAUGUUCACUGUGUGUAACAAAGCCAAUAAUGUAAUAACUUUCCAGUAAUGUAAUACCAUUUCUGAACCAAUAAUAUAAUAACUUUUUGCCAAUAAUGUAAUAAGUAAUUAUUUAAGAAAAAAAAACAGGUCUACAAAUAUAAUAACUGCAGUUGAUAUGUAACAAUCACCUUAUUGAAGGCCAGACAGUAAAGGCACCGUAAGAUCCGUAAAAAAAUGAAAAAGCACCCGCACACUCUUGCAGCUGCUUGUGAAAUGAAUUUUGAUAGUCAAAGACUGCCAUUGACAUUAAAGCAGUUGGUGUUGGCAUAGCUUACCCAUGAGGGAAGACAUGUUCUGCCUCUGCCUCCAAUGCCCAUCUCAGAACAUUUUCACAAGUGGAACCAGAUUUCGCCGGUUGGAGAGAAGGGGGUCCCGAGACUUGGCACAUGUUUGUUGGUGGGUUGCCAGACAAAAAGUUUAAGAACCACUGGUUUAAGUUAUACACAGGACUAUACAAGCCUGGCCAUGCCUACCUAGAUCUCUUUUAUACUAGUCUGGAACCCCAUAGUCCGCUACCACUUCAUUCGGUCGGCAGAUUACCUGCCCAAUCUGUAACGAGAGGGUAUGACACUAGUUUCAAAAUUGAAAGUGAGAUAGGUGAGAUAGGUAUUUUUUGCGAACAAGAUGCAACAGUUCUCUUAGCACUGAGUAUGGAAAAAACCCUCUUCCUAAGACACUCACGCCGCAGCCUGCCUGUCACACUGAGCCCUUUACUGUCUAAAUGGGCAGUACUACAGGCUACAUUUUAAAAUCACUGCAAAUCACAAAUGAGCAGUGAUGAUGGACUUGAUGCAGGCCCUUGAGAUCAUACCACAAUGGUUCAAGUAGUUAUUUAGCUAAGUGUCCCCGGGGACCAAACGCUUUUUACGGAAAAAGCUAGUUAUGCUACAUGCCCACCGAGUUUCAUGAGCCCCGGAGUUUUGGUCAUUGACCAAAAACUCAGGAAGGAAAAAAAAAAUAAGAGAGUGUUUGUAUGGAUUGUUUUUAAGCAGCUAUUUGAAAGAGCUAAGUACACUGCCAUAGUGACAUUUUAAAUUUGAAACUUAAGUUAUUACAUUAUUGGCAAAAAAGUUAUUGCAUUAUUGGUUCAGGAAUGUUACAUUAUUGAAGUUAUUGCACUAUUGGCUUUAUUACAUUAAAACGAUUCUCUUAUGGGCCCUUAUGACCUUAUUUGCUGCUACAAGAUGUUACAGUGUGAAGGUUCGCAACCAAUGUGUUACAUGAUGUGCUUAAAUGCCAAGAAGUCCCAUUGUAUGCUUAACAGGAGUUUGUUAUUGGUUCCAGAGGCUUAGUAGCUCUCCUGAUGUUAUCAGCUGAGCCAUUCAGUAGCAUCAGUGACUUUUGUUAGCACUUGGCAGUCAGGUCAAUUGGCAGAAUUUUCCAUUUGCUGGUGAUGUCAUUGAGUAGUGUUUGGUCUUAUCACAUUUAUCUUAAUUUGUUGUUUUUGUCUUCUAAAAAUAUUACAUGAUAAAAAAACGUGUUGCAAGGGGUUUGUUUCUCUAUUUUUCUAUCUGCCAGAUGUGCUUCUCAUAUUGCUUUUUACACAUGGCCAUUUACAUGUUAAUAUGCAUAAAAGUAUUUUGAUAUGAA